AUGUCUAAAAUCGGAGUAUGUGGAUUGUGGGUUGUUAUACUGAGCUUUACCCGGUGUGCACUGUGGGUGAGUUGGAGACAAACAAACAAUUGCCCAUCUGUCCAUGGCAAUCGGUUAGCCUUUUUUUUUUUUCCCCCCUUGAGGCCCUUUCUUCUCUUCAGGUUCUUGAGCUCGCCAUUGGUAGCCGCCACAAUGGCGUCAUGGGAGCAUUUCGGGGAGGUCGCGAACGUCAUCCAGUUGACAGGCCUAAACGCCGUCGCAUUGAUCGGCCUUAUAGCCAAGGCGGCGAACACGGCCAGAAUGCACAAGAAGAACUGCAGACAAUUCUCGCAGCAUGUGAAAUUGAUUGGGAAUUUGCUGGAGCAGCUGAAGAUAACGGAGCUGAAGAGGUACCCCGAGACGAGGGAGCCAUUGGAGCAGCUCGAGGAUUCUCUGAGGAGGGCUUAUCUUCUCGUCAACAGCUGCCAGGAAAGAAGCUAUCUCUACUUGAUGGCCAUGGGCUGGAAUAUAGUCUAUCAGUUCAGGAGGGCUCAGGAGGAAAUCGAUCGGUAUUUGAGGAUUAUUCCGCUGAUUGCUCUCAUUGACAACGCUAGAGUAAAGAUUGUGAAUGAUGAAGUGAAAAAAGUGAAUGGGGCCUUGAAGAUUCUGGAAAUGCUUCAAGUCGUCUUCAUGGUUGAGAGGCUCGAAGAAAUUGAGAGGGACCAGCGUGAGUACACAUUAGAUGAUGACGACAGGAAAGUCCAAGACGCCCUCUCCCAAAAUGACAUGAUAAUCUUGAAAAAAAGUUUGUCUUGUUCUUAUGGGAAUGUGCCUGUAGACAAGGCCUUAAGGAAGGAACGCAAGAAGCUUGAGCUCGAACUCCAGCACUCACAGGCUAACAUGGACGUGAGCCAGUGCCAGGUAAUCGAGCGUCUGAUGGAGGUUACUGAAUAUGCAGCAACAACUCCUGGGCAGGAGCACGAUAUGCCAUGUAAGGCUUCGUAUACAUCAGAUUCGGACAAGGAGCAUUUUUCAAGUGAAAAGAAUUGUGAGAAAAUUGAUAACUCGAAAUGUUCAAGUAGGGAAGUCAAGAAGUCAUCGAGUUAUGAUACAGCAUCAACCAAGGAGUUGACUGGGCGAGACGAGUGGCAUGCGGAUUUACUUGGCUGUUGUUCUGAACCUUACUUGUAUAAAGACUUUCGUUUGUCCUUGCGAUACGCUUUCGAAGAUAGCAUCUGUGGCAACUGGCAAGGAAAUAUGUAUAGCAGGGUUUUUAAUACAACAGCUUCAGCCCAGACUUGUAAUGACAUAAUGGCAUAUUCACUGAUACUAUCAUGUUGUUGCUACACAUGUUGUCUCAGAGGAAAGCUCAGACGGACUCUUAACAUCAAGGGCGGUUGUUUUGACGAUUUCUUGUCACAUUUGAUGUGCUGUUGUUGUGCACUUGUCCAAGAAUGGAGGGAAGUGGAGCUACGAGUGCCUCUUAGCCUGUACAUGAACAUUUAUUUUAGUUUGAAACACGAGUUUUAG